UUGAAACUCCCUCGGGAAUCUUGCGUUCUGUUCUUUAUUUUUAUUUAUUUAUUUAUUUUUUUUUUAGAUUGUUGCCUCUCUGGACUGUUUUUGGCAUGAUGACGUCAUUAAAAGCAGACGGCGUCACACAGAGGGAUCGUGCCGUGUACGUGUGGUGGCCAAAGACGACGCCCGCGUCCAGGGCCCAUAAAGUUGCCACCGGAUUUCUACAAAAGGAAAACCGGGGAUGAAGCAGGAGCCAAGAGUCGUAAAAUCUCGAGCUGACCCAGCUCAUCUUUAUUUUGAUGACCGACGGAAUUUUUCUUGUGCGAUUUUCUUUUUUAAAUUUUGAAAUCUAAAUAUUUACCAACAGGUUUUAUGCGAAUCUUUAUUUUUAAAAAUUCGAUGUACGACGCACUUGGUGCGAUUUUACGGUGAUGAAUCGCAUCUGGGGAAUAUUUCUACAACAGGCGGUUAAUUGGUGUGUCACUCCUGUUUCUGUUAACAACUUUUAAUUUCGCAGAAAGAACUUUUGCUACAUUUUUCUACUCCCCCCGCACUCCUACGGUUCGCCAUGCCAAAAACAUCACGGGAAAAUUGGGUGUCCAGGAAUGUGUUUCAGGAGAGUUGCAACAGUUUGGAGAUUUCGGUGUUGCUGCUGUGUGUGUGUGUUGUUUACCAGGGAUUCGUUCAGCCGUUGAAGGAUUGAUGGAUCCCUCUGCCAAAUCGUUGCAGCUGGAACAUUUGUAUGGACAUCCCCACACAACGCAGUAGAUUGCGUGCGGACGUUUGACAGCUCGCCGUAACUCGUGUGUGCGAAGCGAAAACAAGUAUUUCGAGAUUAUUGUUGGAGCGGUGGGCAGUUGUUGGUCCGCGUGAUUUAGCGUGAAGGCAUGCGACGCCGUUGUUUUUGUUUGUAUUUUUAUUAUUCGCCAGUUCCUUUUUACCUGAACGCCAUUUUUACAUGCGCCGCCAGCGCCUUUUUAGAAAAUGUGUUUUUCAUUCAUUUUCAAUGUUGUUCGUAGAUAACUGAAAAACAGAUAUUUCGUGGCUGUUGCGUUAUUUAUAACUGAAUGUUUCAGAUUUCGCCAAUUGACAACGGUGUUGGUCGAAUAAUUUUCAAAACAUUUUUGCUCACUGGCAGCAUUUUGUCUGCUGCCAAAGGAUUAGUCAUGAAACAGAAGAAACAGUGUAAUUUUACAAUUUCGUCAGUUUCAAAAUGUUUAAUUUUGAAUAAUAGGUCAAGAACACGAUGUUUGGGUUCGAGAUUUAUUCAUCGCCGACUUCUCUUCAUUUUGAAUUCCACUUUUAAGGGAGAUGACGUGUUCCAAAUACAACAAGUUGUGGAGUCAAUUGCCGUGAAGGGUAUCGAAAGGAACAGCGUCCUACAACUCCAUUCCAGUUUUUACUUCUGUCGCGGUUCCAGCGGUUCCAGCGUCACCACCAAAAUCCACAUGUGUUCACGAUCCUCGCAAUAACAACACGUACAGCAUGAUACUGGACACUUGAGCAAGACCCAUCCCCAGCGACGUCAACCUGCUGAAAGAAAGGC